AUGUUGUCGCAGCAGAACUUGGCGAAUAUCCUUUGGGCCUUCGCCAAGGUUGCAGCUCAGCCACCCGCCAGAGCUGCGCAAGCCGUGGCGGAAGAUGCGCUGCAUUCCAUGCAGGCCUGGAGCGCGCUGAACAUCGCCAACCUCAGCUGGGCCUUCGCGAAGCUGCAGCUGCGCCACCCGCGGCUCUUCGAUGCCGCGGAACAAGAGUGCGAGCAGAAGCUUCGGCACUUCUCCCCGCAGAACUUGGUGAACAUGGCCUGGGCCUUUGCCAAGGUGUCCCUGGCACGGCGCCGCUUCUUCGAGCUCCUGGGCCGCCGGGGGGCGGAGCUGGCGGGGGACUUCAACGGUCAGAACUGCUCCAACGCGGUCUGGGCUUUUGCUUCGGUGUCCUUUGUCAGCCAGGAGCUUUUGGACGCCACCUCCCGGCGCGCUGUGCAUUUGGCCCCGGACUUGUGCGCCCAGGAUCUAGCGAAUCUGUCCUGGGCCUUCGCAAAGCUGAGCCGGCGGGACGGGGCCCUGGAGGAGACCAUCGCCUCGCAGGUGGUGCAGAAGGUGCACAGCUGCUCUCCGCAGCAUUUGUCCAUCAUCGUGUACUCCUUUGCUCAGAUGCUGGCUGCAGGACUGCCACAAUCCAUGCCUCGGACGAUUGCUGAGGACCCCAGGCUGCGACACCUGUCCAGUAUCCCGGCAGCACCGUCCGCCAACUCCAUGGUGGAGGUGAUCCUCACCGCAGCCCUGCAGCGCGUGAGGGAGUUCGACGCGCAGGGGCUCACGAACCUGGCCCAGAGCCUGGCCAAGCUGGAGAUGAUCAAGGAUAACUUGCUCGAGGCCUUGGUGGAGGAGGCGGGGCCCAAGGUGAAGACAUUUACGAACCAGGAGCUGGCGAUGCUGGCCUGGGCCUGUGCUCGCCUGGGCCGAUUCCGCAGCUCCGUGCUGCGGCUCGUGGCCAAGGAGACGAAAGCGCGGCUGGCGGAGCUUACCGCCCAGGAUCUGAGCGUGCUGGUGUGGUCCUUUGCCCGCGGCGAGGACGAAGAAGCUACCCCCGCGCCAGGACGAAAGCAGGACAAAGGCCGAAAGGAUGCAGCUCUGGGCGCGGCCAUGCUGAACACGCUGGGCUCUACAGUGAUGCGCUUGAUCCACGAGCUCACGCCUCAAGACCUCUCCACCAUCGUCUGGGGCUACGCCACCGCGGGGGUGGAGUGCCCGGACCUCAUCGAGGCCGUGGCAGAUGAGGCGGUGGGCAAGGUGGCCAGCUUCGCGCCCCAGGACAUGGCAAAUGUCACCUGGGGUUUGGCGAAGAUGGGCCUGUUGCACGAAGAGCUUUUGGAGGUGCUUUCCAGGGACUUUGUGGCCCGUGCAUCCGAAUGCCAGGCGCAGCACCUGUCCAUCGCCGCCUGGUCCUUCGCCAAGCUGGGCGCCAGCGCUCCGCAGCUCUUCCGGGCGCUGGGCAAGGCCUUGGCCCAAAGGGCGGAGGAGCUGGAUCCGCAAGGUGUUGGCAACAGUCUCUGGGCCUUUGGCGUGCUGUGCUUCUGGCACCAUCCCUUCGUGCAGGCAGUGGGUGGCCGUGCUGUGGCCGAUGCCAGCGAGCUCACCGUCCAGGAGAUCGCCAACGUCGCCUUCGGCCUGCGGACGCUGCUCUCGUGGCGGAGGCAAAGCAAAGAUCCUGGCGCGCAAGCGGAAGCGGACGACCUGGCGAAGCUUCUCAUGGACUUCCUGGCGGCUUCCGGCGGCUUCUUCUGCCGCAAAGCGAGCGGCGACGGGGCCAGCUGGACGGACUUCGCCAACGUGGCGGCGGCCGCGGCCAAGGAGGAGGUGGCGCACAUGGGGCGCUAA